UUUUUCAGUUUUAACUUCAUCAUAAGGGAUCCAACAGAACAACUACAAGCAUUUGUUUAGUUAAGCAUCUCGACUGUGAGGGGAAGAAACGACGAAGGUCAUGAUAUCUUGAGUGACCUCACAAGCUUGGUCUAUGACUUCCAUACCUUCUGUAGCUCAGCCCCCGUGGAAUCCGAUGCUCCCACCUGUCCGCAGGACGAGUUACUCCCCUGGGACUAUGAUGAGCACGGUCAGUGAUGAUCCCAUUUCUUUAUGGCUCCGCCUUGGGGCUCUAGAGAAACUCGAACAGGUACUGCUAGAUGGCUAUGGCGAACAGCUUUACGGGAAAACGUCUCGGAUUCCAGAAGUUAGUAAAUUCCUUAAACAGAUACCCGUUUUUCAGGCGAAGAUCGAAGAGAUCCAUAGGGCUGUAGCUAAAGGGCAACUACGAGAGGUGCAACACCUUAUUGACAGGAAGAAACUGGCCUUCUCACGUGACCAUAUGGGUGCUAGCACACUUCACAAAGCUGUGCUUUAUGAACAGACAGAAAUAAUGGAGUAUUUGCUCGAUCGGUACAGUAGCGUCAUACACGCUAGAGAUCACCAAGGUCGAACUCCACUCCACUAUGCAGCAGUGUUACACGAUGAUGGGAAAAUCUAUAACAUGUUGCUUGAAGCUGGAGCUGACCAGAAAGCUACAGAUAUGCAUGGUCAUCGGCCAGAUUAUUACCUCCAAAACCAAGGUGAACUGACCCUACAACAGCUGAAAGAGGGUGCUGUCAUCAACAGGGUGAAAAAGAUCAAGCCAAAGCCUCAGCCAAAGCUGAAUGUCAAUGACUCGUAUCGAGGAUUUUCAGCGAAACCAGCAGGAAAUAAAGUCCAGAUCAAAGAACUUAUUGAUCAAGGAAGUUUAGAAACUCUAGAAGAACUCUUACUUCAAGGCCAUGGAGAUAAGUUAUUGGGUGAGACAUCUAACAACGAGAGAAUCCAGGAGUUCUUAACGAUGGUACCGAUAUACAUGGAACGUAUCAAUGAAAUUCACCGGGCAGUAGCGAGAGGUCGUUUGCGUGAUGUCCAGUCACUGCUAGACAGGAAGAAUCUUGCCAUGGGUCGUGACCAGCUAGGGGCCACACCCCUACAUAAGGCCGUCAUGUACGGGCAUUUUGACGUAGCAGAGUACAUUGUAAACAACUAUCCUGCUUGUAGGGAUUGUAAGGAUGUGGAUGGGCACACAGCUCUCCACUAUGCCGCUGUUUUACCGGAUGGGAAACAAAUGUACAAUAUGUUGAUUGAUGCAGGUGUCAAUCCUGGAAUUCCUGAUGGCAAAGGGAAACCAUCAGAAUAUUAUGUACAGUAUCCUGAGCAACUUAGCCUGGCUCAACUUAUCAAACGAAGCCAACGAGUGAAUGCCAAUUUUAUUGCCAAUGCCACUAAUCGGUUCCUGUCGAAACAUUCUACAAAUCCUGUGAUUGGUAAUUCUGGCCAGAAGCGUCGUUUUUUCACAGGUAACGGUAUCAAGAAGCUAAUACCAGAAGUUCAAGGUGAAGAUGAUCAAGAAGAAGAAGAAGAAAGUAAGGAUCAUCUUCCUAUGCUAUUUGAAAAAAGAACUCUCUUUGGAGCAAGACCACAAAUACCACCACCUAAACUCCAACGUCUUGAAGUUACUUCUGCCAACAUUAGGAAGUGGGUUCAAGAUGAGGACUUGGAUAAAUUAGAAGGAGCUGUAAUAGAAGGCUAUGGAGAAAAACUAAGUCAUGUUGAGACCUCUAGUGAGGGAGUACAGACCUAUAUAAAUGAAACGGUCCCAAAGAUUAUGGAAAGAAUUGAGGCCAUCCAUGCAGCAGUAGUAGAGGGAAACGUUUCGGAGCUGCAGAGCCAUCUAGAUAAACAGAACUUUGUGCUUGCCAAGGACCACAUGGGUAUGACACCUCUCCAUCGGGCUGUCAUCCUUGGUCAUAUGGAUGUUGUCAAAUAUAUUUUGGAAAAAUUUCCUGAAACUGUAAAUGCAAAGGAUAAAGAUGGCAGAACAGCCUUGCACUAUGCUGCAGCAGUACCUAGAAAAGAUGGAAAAACUAUGUUUAAAAUGCUACUUCAAGCAGGGGCUGACAUUAGGAUUAGAGAUCAGCAUGGUAAAACACCAGAGUAUUACAGAACUCACCACCUUUCCAACAACUUUGAGCGUUCCAAAGGUGGAACAACAAAUGAAGUAGAAAAAAUCAUCAAAGAUGGAAGAAAAGGUCUAGAUAAUGCUUUUCCUGCGAAGGAGUUAUUGCAGUACCAUAUAGCAUCUGUUUUGAAAGGAUAA